AAGGGAACACUAUUCAACGAAGAGUGAGUAACCCUUCCAUUUCUUGUGUGCGUAGCUUCUCGUCUAACUACGAAAUCUACAUGAAGCGGAAUUUGCUCGCAAUCUCACGACAAAAACUGAUCUCCCUCUUACCAUUGGGCAUUAUUUGAAGAAUAUGCCUCUCCUUGCAAAUCAGUGGACUGUUCAGAAUUACAAAGAUCAAGAUAGGCAGAGGAUUUAUUUGAAGGAUAUUGACUGUCCCAAACAGUGGCAUGACCAUCUGAAACAACUGAUUCCCCCUUCAUUGUUCUAUCUGAACAAGUUGCCGGAGAUGUUCGAUGGCCCUGGAGCGAAGAUGGUACCCUCGCCCGACAAAUCUCUGGCACGCUCUGCUUCAGAGAGACUUAUUGCCAAGGCCGGGGACCUUAUGAGCUGUCUUCCGCCCUGCAUGCGUGCUGAAAAUUUGAUGUGUUAUAUUGGCCACGAAGGAACUUACACGCCAGCUCAUCAGGAGAUGUGUGCCAGUCUUGGGCAGAAUAUAAUGGUGGAGGCCUCCGACGGUUCCGAUGAAUACGGGAAAGCAACCAUGCCAGGCUCUUCCAUCUGGUUUAUGACUGAGAGUAAAGAUCGCCGCGUUGUAGCUGAAUACUGGAUGUCUACGCUGGGACAUGAUAUUGAUAUUGAGGAUCAUUUUGCUCAGGUCAACGCUUGGAAAGCGGCGCCAUUCAAGACCUAUGUUGUCGAACAAAGACCGGGAGAUUUUAUUCUGAUUCCCCCACUAGCGGCGCACCAGGUGUGGAACCGGGGAACGAGAACAGUGAAAGUAGCGUGGAAUCGGACUAUUGCGAAAACUUUAGAACUGGCCUUAUCUGAGGCGCUCCCGCAUGCUAGAAUGGUAUGUCGCGACGAGCAGUACAAAAAUAAAGCCAUCGUUAUCUACUCACUCGAACACUAUUCUGAACUGCUCAGUGAGGUGGGCAAGAAUGACCUUUGUGACACACGUGUCCAGUUGCUCCUUGAAGAUUUUGAGCUCUUAUUCAAACUUUAUACCCAGAUCCUCCUUUCCGAGAGCUUCUCGCAGCACCCACCGAAGGAAAAGGAUAUCGAAUAUGUUCCCUUUGAUAGCAAUAUAACGUGCUCCUAUUGUCGAGGUAAUAUAUUCAACAGGUUUUUGACUUGCCCCUGGUGUGUUGGCGAGGGAGACGAUACCUACGACAUUUGCAUGGAAUGCUAUGUUAUGGGAAGAAGCUGUGCCUGUAUAUCUAAGUUACAGUGGGUUGAGCAAUUUCGUUGGAGUGAAUUGACUGGCAAGUAUGAAAAGUGGAGGCAGCAAAUACUUAGGUUCACUGAGGAUAAAAGUGAUAAAUAUUCAUGUCUCCCUGCCAAAAGGGCUCAACUGGGCAAGAAAACUCUAGCUGAAAUAUGCCAUGAACAGUUGAAACGCCGCCCCUGGGUCGAUAUCACAAAGCCGCUCAUCCAACGAGUAGAGCAAACAAAUAGCGAUUCGGAGAAUGCUACCCCUACUCGAAAACGAAGGAAAGCCCAGAAGAGCGACACGUGCAAGAAAGGUGGCCGAUGCCACAUAUGCAAAUGCGCUGAGCCUAUGUGGAAGCUUGCCUCAUGCUCAUACUGUAACUUGAGUUACUGUUAUGGUAGUCUCUUUAGGGCUUUCAAUAUCCAACCUCAGGAUACAAUGGAGAUGUAUCACUGGAUGUGCCCUAGAUGUCAGAAUAUCUGCAGUUGCGCUGCAUGCCGUCGAGAUCCUACCAUGAAUCCUUAUGAGCCUACAUGCACGUUAUUGGGGCAUGACACCAGGAAGGUAGCAGACCCGCGCAGCGUGGAAAGUUUGGUGGAUUUCCGUCAGUCCAACCUCCGUUGGCUGAAGAAAGCUGGUGACGAUGAAAUAGGCCGCCUGAAGAAGCAUCAGAAAGAGGCGGACGAGAAGCGCAAUAAAGCCUUAAUUGAUAAUUGUAUUGAGCUAGAGUUUCCUCUGGCGAUGGGUGAGUACACAGAGAGUGCCCCAAUGGGUUCUCCUGUGGCUGGCUACUCGAAAGACUAUGGAGACAUACCCGUUGAUCCUGCACUGGAGAAGUUAGAUGGGUCCUUCCUAACUCCGGAAUCUAUCUGUCAAUGAGAAAUGUAGAAAUGCUGGGGAGUGCAUAAUGCGACGCAUAUACGACUAGAAAGGCAUAUGUAAACGGUGAC